UUGACCAUAUUUUGUUUCUCCCUCUCUCUCUCUCUCUCUCUCUCACUUUAUCCAGGCAUCGGCUUUGGGGAGAGGUCUCCCUCAACCAAAGUGGCGUUUUAUUCUCUCUCAAGUAAAAAAUCUUCAUUUUGCUUUAUACCUCCCUUUUCACGGCCAUUUGAGCUUCGGGUAUCUCCUUUUUGUUCUCAAAAGGAGAUGUUUCCUGGCUUGAUCCAUCGUCAGGAAGCAUCGAUUCCACAGGAAGCGAUCCACAGCCCCAGCGUAGUACUCACGGCUGAUCCUAAGCCCCGACUUAGAUGGACGGCCGAUCUCCACGAGCGUUUCGUAGAUGCCGUCGCCCAGCUCGGAGGCCCUGAAAUUAAUGGAUCUCGCCGGACAUUUCCACGGAUCUUGACGGACACUCGCCGAAUCUUGCCUGGCACAUCGUUGGGCCCAUCAAUGCCUUCUCCCAAUGAGCUCAUCCGCAACUUCCUCUUCUUCGCCGCAUGCCGUUGGAUCUACACUGAAACUAAGCCAACAUAUGAGAAUAAACGAAAACUGGUGAAAGCACCUUUGGAUUUUAUUGGAAUGGGUAUUUUUGAAUAUGGAAAUGUUGAGGUUGAGACACAUGAUGCAACUGAUACAAAGUUCUCAAAGUUCAAAGAUGACAUUGAAUAUAAGCCGAAAUAUUCAAAGGAUGAAAUUCAAAUUUCGUCUAAUGGAGCACACUUCAUUCUUGCAAUUGGCAUGGCCACUUCUCAAGCAAAAAUGAAAGUAGAUAUUGCAAUGCUGCAAACUGUGUUUCCAUCUUGUGAUUCAACCGAUCAGCAAAACCGUGAUCAAGUAGACUUUUUUAAAGGAAGUAAAGUUGUAGAUGGGAAGCUGGAGAAUGCCAUGGAUGAGGCGUUCCAAGGUGAUGAAAAUUUGAUUGCUAUGAAAAUUGCUGCGAAUUCCAUUGAGUCUAGUAAAGAUGUUAAUGAGAAAAUAUGUGAAACUAGGGAAUUCAUGAGCAAGGCAGAGGUCGAGGUUUUUAUUACAGAAGCUACUCCUAAGACCAUUAUGCGAACAAUGGGUGUAAAGGGACUUACACUUUUUCACCUGAAGAGCCAUCUUCAGAAAUACAGAUUGGGAAAGCAAUCUGGCAAAGAAAUGACAGAGCAACCUAAAGAUGUUCCAGGUAGCAGUUCUUUGUCUCCAAGAGUGGCUGCUUCUGAUAUUAAUGAGAAUCAGGAAGUUAAAGAGGCUUUGAGAGCACAGAUGGAAGUGCAAAGAAGACUUCAUGAGCAAGUCGAGGUACAACUCUGCUGGCUAUCUUUUGUUCAGAAGCACAUCAAGAUUCGAAUGGAAGCCUAUCAAAACUACAUAGAUUCCUUAUUGGAGAAGGCUUGCAAGAUUGCAUCCGAGCAAAUUGCUUCAGGUGGUUUUAAUGGACAGGUCUGUCCACCACCCAGCUCUCUCACCAAAUCUGUGUUUCAGCAACUGCCAUUGACAGAGUCUUCACCUCGCUUCAGCCAUUUCUGGUGGCCCUUAACUUGUUUAUUCGUUGCUCUCCUUCUUGUCCUUCGAACACCCAAUUUGCACUGCGUUUUCAAAGAAUUCGUUGCUCGGAGUAUCUGUGAAGUUCGGAUUCCAGGGUUUCUUGGAUUUGGCUUCUCUGCGUUUGCUGUGGACAUGUAUCAGCCAAAACAUAUUUCUAGUUUAAAUUCUGUUCAUAACAACGGAGUAGCUCAUGACCAGAUAAUAGAAUUCACUGGGAAUACAAUGAGCCCUAAUGGUUCUGCAAACAACUCUAGCAAUCCCAACUUGUCCUCAAGGCAGCGUUUAAGGUGGACGCAUGAGCUUCAUGAACGCUUUGUGGAUGCUGUGACACAACUUGGUGGACCAGACAGAGCCACUCCCAAAGGUGUCCUUAGAGUAAUGGGUGUAUCAGGGCUAACUAUAUACCACGUAAAGAGUCACUUACAGAAAUAUCGUUUAGCGAAGUACAUCCCUGAUUCGUCAUCUGAUGGCUUAAAGGAUGAAAGUAAAGAACCUGGCGAUUUACUUUCUGGCAUGGAUAGCUCUUCUGGAGUUCAGAUAACUGAAGCUCUAAAAUUGCAGAUGGAGGUCCAAAAGCGACUACAUGAGCAAUUAGAGGUACAAAGGCAACUGCAGUUAAGGAUAGAAGCCCAGGGAAAAUAUCUGAAGAAAAUCAUGGAGGAACAACAAAGGCUUAAUGGAGUACUGGCUGAGACACCAGGAAUGAACCUCCCACCUCUACCAACUUCAGCCGACUUUUGCCUCGACUCCGACCCUUCAACUCCUGCACCAAUAUGCGAGUCGCUUCAUAAGGACAAAACCUCUAAUGGCAAGCACGGAAAGGCCGACAGCCUCGUUAAGAGUACCUCAUUUGAAGAUUCCUCUCGCCGGGAACCAUUGACUCCAGACUCGAGCUUCCAUACCUCUGAAAGCCUGAAACAUGAGAGGCCGAGUAAGAGGCAAAGAAGCAAUGGCAGCGGAGUGCGUGGAAGCGGACAGGUUGAUUUGGUACUAGGCAACCAUAUACUUGAAUCAAGCUCAGGUUCCGAAUUCCAGCAACAAUGCUCUAUGUUCAAUGCUGGAACUCACUUUGAUUCUUCAGGCACUUCUUUUGGUGAUGAUGACCAGUUUGGGAAUGGUUCUGGGAGUGAUGUUUGAUGAAGAAGGAGAGUUUGAAAGCCUGUAGCUUAUUUUUCCUUAAUUUCUUGGAGGUAUCUAAAUGUGUGAUUAGGGUUUGAGAUGCAAUUCUUUAGAUUUCUUAGCUGGGGAUCAGAAGUUUGAGAAGAUUCUAAGUGGUAAAUGAGUGGUGAUUUGAAGCAGAGCACUUUGCACGGAGCAUUGAAAGAAUCACUUCUUCAACUAUCUGUAACACCAUCUUUCUUUUUUUUUUUUUCCUCAACAAUACUCUGAUUCUCUUGUAAUAGAAUGCUUCUGGGAUAUUUAGUAAUAUUGUUGCUAUAUUUAGUUGGGAUUUUAUGCUCUUUUUUA